UUGUUCUUCUGGCAAGUGACACUUAAACUGUUGUAUCGUGGAGUAGAGGUUCCCCGGUAGAGACGAGUGUACUAAAGAUUUAAGAUGCCCGGCAAAGUGAUCUUGGUGACUGGUGGUACUGGUUUGGUCGGUAAAGCCAUUGAACAGGUAUCAAAGACCGAAUCCCUACCUGAUGAAAAAUGGGUCUUUGUCUCAUCUGCAGAUGCUGACCUUACAUCUGAGGAGAGUACUAUGGCCUUGUUUGAAAAGCAUCACCCAACUCAUGUUAUACACUUAGCAGCCAUGGUUGGUGGACUCUUUAGAAAUUUGAAAUACAAUCUAGAUUUCUUUAGAAACAAUAUGAAGAUCAAUGAUAAUGUUUUAUAUUGUUGUUACAAAACUGGAGUUGAGAAAUGUGUGUCGUGUCUCUCGACGUGUAUAUUUCCUGAUAAGACCACGUACCCAAUAGACGAGACGAUGAUUCACAACGGCCCACCACAUGAUUCCAACUUUGGAUAUUCCUACGCUAAAAGAAUGAUUGAUGUUCUCAACAAGGGAUACAACACUCAACAUGGUUGCAAGUUUACCUCCGUAAUUCCAACUAAUGUGUUUGGACCUCAUGAUAACUUUAAUUUGCAGGAUGGACAUGUGAUACCUGGUUUGAUUAACAAAGUCUAUUGUUCAAAAAAAGAGAAUACUCCUUUUGUUAUCUGGGGUACAGGAUCACCACGUCGUCAGUUUAUUUAUUCAUUAGACUUAGCCAGACUGUUUCUAUGGGUAUUGCGUGAGUAUGAUGAAUCCUCUCCAAUUAUUCUCUCUGUUGGUGAAGAUGAUGAGGUUUCAAUCAAAGAUGCUGCUGAGAUGGUCGUGGAAGCUUUUGAAUUCAAAGGGGAAGUAGUGUAUGACACCAGCAAAUCUGAUGGUCAAUUCAAGAAGACUGCCAACAAUGGCAAGUUGAGAGAACGCCUACCAGACUUCGAGUUUACCUCAAUCAAACAAGCAAUCAAAGAGACUGUUCAAUGGUUCAUAGACAAUUAUGAAACUGCACGCAAGUAAAGUGGCCCAAGAAUCUCUGAUCCGCCAAUCUAAUAUGGUGCUAUCAUGAUCAUAUUUAUUAGAGCAACCUGUUCAAUUCUUUACAUCUAAAGAAUUUUGUAUACUUUGGGUCCUAUUUUUUUUUUAACAGAAUCAAGGUAUAUUUACUGAACGGGGUGGAUUGUCUUUCAUUCAGUCCUAUGAACUGCACAGAUUCAAACGGGCUAACAUAUCUGUAUAUGUUAUGUUUAAUUGUUGUAUUGCCUUAGACACAGUUAGCCAUUAAAUGUCUGAAGUGAAAGAA